UUGCUUGACUUUUGAUGCAAGAUCUUUGGUCUCUAAUCCCAAUGCAAAUCUCUGAAAAACAUACGGUAUCUUAGAAUUGAAGUCGAACCGAUUUCGCUAUCACGAAAGSCGGAAAUAGAACCUCAAAAUGUCAGAGAAGAAAUCUUCGGGUAAUGAGAGCUCAACCUCCUCUCCCUCGAGACAAAACACAUCUUCUAAGUCAGCCAUCGUUCUAUCCAGUGUAGCAUUGCUGAGCAGUUUGGCUUURCUAAUCAGGUUUGAAACUGUCCAACACAACAACGGUUUAAAUUUUGAGGAUGUGGAGAAGGAUCUAAAAACUCUUUGGGAGGCGAAACUUAAUAGAGAUGAAUUGCUAAUCCAUGUCAAGCAGCUCGCACGUUCAAAACGCAAUGCUGAUGACUUCUUGAAAAUCAUUAAUUUGAAAACCGAUAAUUUUUGCACCGAAAAGUGCCCUCCAGGUCCYCCAGGCCAAAGUGGAAKGCCAGGAAGUAUGGGUCCAAGAGGACCUCSAGGUGCAGGAGAGCCUGGGCCUGUGGGUAUACCAGGGGCUGUGGGAAGASCUGGAGCACCUGGGAAUCGAGGUGAAAAGGGCAUCCAAGGAGAACCAGGAAAGGUYGGACCAAGAGGACUAACAGGACAACGAGGAAUUGUUGGGRAAACAGGAGGGAAAGGAGAUAAAGGKGAYACYGGAMCUGCUGGAGUUGUGGGGGGAARAGGACCYACUGGAAGAACUGGAGCUAAAGGCGAGACUGGUUCCAAGGGAAACAAAGGAGAAAUAGGAAUCAAAGGCGAAAAGGGACAAAUAGGACCAAYAGGCCAACAAGGACUGAAAGGCCUACAAGGAAAUUUAGGAAGAAYAGGAGAAAAAGGUCUCAGGGGUGAUCAAGGCCCAAGAGGGUUAACAGGUCAACAAGGAGUACCAGGAUUGAAAGGGGAYAAAGGUCUUGAAGGAACUCAGGGCCCUCGAGGAACAGAAGGAYUACGAGGRCAUCAGGGACCAGUUGGUGCAAAGGGGAACAUYGGUCCAUCAGGAYCCCAGGGAGCAAAAGGAGAUUUGGGURAGCGAGGWCUAACUGGUGAGACAGGUCCAAAAGGUGACAAAGGCAAUAUCGGCGUCAUCGGUCCCGUUGGUCCUAAAGGUAUCCAAGGAAACCAAGGGCAAAGAGGUCCUAAAGGAGACACUGGUAAAACUGGUACCAAAGGAAGCGAUGGAGUUAAUGGAGYCGACGGUACGAAGGGAGAACAAGGAGAACMMGGAAUAAGAGGACCUGUGGGGGAUCCUGGKAAUCCUGGUAUCUUAGGAGCUCCUGGACCGAAAGGAGAAAAGGGGUUACAAGGGAACAUAGGUCGAAGAGGUGAACAGGGAAAACAGGGUGCAAAGGGGGAACGAGGGCCACAGGGAACAGGUGAAAGAGGGGAAAAAGGUAUAAUGGGACCGCGAGGGAACCCUGGAGAAAAAGGAACACAAGGAGAGAAGGGAGCUGGUGCCAAAGGAGACAAAGGCAGUGCCGGUGCAGUUGGACCACAGGGAGGUAAAGGAGAUAAAGGAUUAAGAGGAGAUAAAGGACKUAAAGGCGAAAAGKGCAAASAAGGACCUAAAGGAGAUCUAGGACCGCGAGGGAUAAUGGGUCAUCAAGGUGGUCCAGGCGUCAAAGGUGAUAAAGGUUCAAACGGCAUUCAAGGACCSCCUGGCCUCGAAGGACUGCGAGGGCAUCAGGGAAUCCAAGGUCUGAAAGGAGAGGUUGGUGCCAAAGGGCCMCAAGGAAUAAAAGGAAAUACAGGCGAGAAAGGAGUGACUGGAGAARGUGGUCCAAAAGGAAAUAAAGGAAACACUGGUCCUAAAGGCAUAAAGGGCAAUCUAGGAGAGCAAGGACUUCAAGGCGGGAGACACAGGCCCAAAAGGAAUGAAAGGCCAAGUUGGAAAACAAGAAAUAAAGGGAGAUGUAGGAGAAAAAGGUCAAGUUAUAUAUCUGCCUUUAGGUCUUCGUCCAGAUCUACUUUUAUUCACUASAAAACAUCCAUAAUUUCAGGGAAUAUUGGAGGAAGAGGGCUUCCUGGAAUCAGAGGAAUAAAAGGAAAAACUGGAGUUGGACUAAAAGGAGACAAAGGCGAAAUUGGUGCAGUUGGCCAGCAAGGAUACAGAGGGGAAAAGGGAAUCAGAGGAGACCCUGGGGCUAAAGGGCAGGAAGGUCCGGUAGGCCCUAAAGGCGAUCUAGGRCCACGAGGUUUGACAGGUCAUCAAGGUGAAAMAGGGAUAAAAGGUGAUAAAGGUUCAAACGGCAUCCAAGGACCAACSGGUCUCGAAGGACUACGAGGGCAUCAGGGAAUCCAAGGUCAAAAAGGAGAGGUUGGUGYCAAAGGUCCUCAAGGYAUAARAGGAAACACAGGSGAAAAAGGACUGAWUGGAGAAAGUGGUCCAAAAGGGAAUAAAGGRAAUACUGGCGACAUUGGUGCMGUUGGUGCCAAAGGCGUCCAAGGAGACAAAGGGCAAAGAGGACCUAAAGGAGACACUGGUAAGACUGGUAYWAAAGGGAGCGAUGGAGUUAAUGSAGCCGACGGUAAKAAGGGAGAASCAGGAGARCCAGGAAUAAGAGGACCUGUUGGUGAUCCUGGAAAUCCAGGUAUCUUAGGAKCUACUGGACCRAAGGGAGAAAAAGGCUUACAAGGGAACAGAGGUCCCGCUGGUAUCCAAGGAUUUAACGUUAACUCUAUGAUUUUAGGAAGAAGUGGACCCAAGGGAGACAAAGGAAUCCAAGGAACAAAGGGUCAAACUGGAGAAAGUGCCAAAGGAGAGAAAGGAACUCCUGGAGCAGAUGGAGUAGCAGGAGCCACGGGAGAGAAAGGAAUAAAAGGAGAAGCAGGAUCAAAAGGACAAGAAGGGCAAGUAGGAUCAAGAGGCACUGAUGGAAAUCCUGGAACGAAAGGUGAAAAGGGUAACCAAGGAGCGAGUGGAUCAAGGGGUCUUCGAGGGCCACAAGGAACCAAGGGCAAGCAAGGUCAUACCGGAAAUACAGGUCCUAAGGGACCACAAGGAGGGGUAGGACCAAAAGGUUCUUCAGGUAAGAAAGGUGAACAAGGAAACGCUGGUCCCAUUGGUCCUGAAGGAACAAAGGGAGAUAAAGGAGAAACAGGAAUAAAAGGAGACAAAGGACCAAUUGGAUAUCGAGGUCCUUUGGGACCUCGAGGGCAAACCGGGAACACAGGAAGAAUUGGUCCAAUCGGUCCAAUUGGUCCAAUUGGACAAAAAGGCGAGAUUGGCUCUAGAGGUCCUAUAGGUAAUAAAGGUGAAAGAGGACCUGAAGGCCCAAAAGGAAACAGAGGAGACAAAGGGAUUCAAGGUAAUACAGGUAUACAAGGAAAUGUAGGAGUGGAAGGAAGGAAAGGAGCAAAAGGAAAUACAGGCGACCAAGGAGAUAUGGGUCCAAGAGGAAUAAGAGGACUAAAAGGAAAUCAAGGAACAAAGGGGAAUCCUGGAUCACCAGGUCUGAUGGGAGAACCUGGACCGCGAGGACUGAAGGGAGCUAAAGGAUGGAGAGGUUCUAAGGGRGAUAGAGGAGAAACCGGGCCUAUAGGACCAAAAGGACAUAGAGGGAGUAAAGGAGAAUCUGGAACAGGGGAGCGAGUCGCCACACCGAAAAUUUGUGUGGAUGUUAAAAUUCUCUUCCAUGAUGCACCGCCAGAGGGCUGCACCUUAAGUCCAGACGAUGUUAAGAAAUCCAUUGCCGAUCAAAUUGAUGAACGAGAAGAAAACAUAGAAAACGUCAGGUUGUUUASCAAAGUGCAAGACGGUAAAAGACAGCUACAGGUUACAUUCAAGACGACAGAAGAAGCUGAAAAAUCUAUAAAGAGGAACGAAAAAAAGAUUAUACUGCCAUUAGACAAGGCUAAAUGUAACUACACAAAUGUACUUCUGAAGGGUAGAAUGUAAACUGAAAGUGAAUUUUUCCAUUCCUAUAGACCUUUUUAGUUUCAUUGUUUGUUGUGCACAUUCCACAUUCAAUGUGAUGCCAACUUUGGGAGUUGAUUGUUUCACGUGUUCAUAUUUUAACAUGUUCAUCAUAAAAGAACAAUUCUCACGGGAAGGUCAUGUGAUCUGAAAUGGGCAAUUUGCAUACCAAGCUAAAAAGAUCUAGUGCUCAAUAUAUUUUGCCUUUCGUUACGACAAUCUCUCGAAAAUGAUUACAAACCAAAUGUACGACUUAUUUGCUCCUUUAAUUCAUYAUAAUAAAUGAGCACUCGUCAUGAUGUGCCUUUUCACGGAAAAGGUUCACCAUGAAGUGAUAUACCGUAUAUACRAUACUAUUUUGAUAAAUUACAGUCAAUAAAAGUCGAGGCAAGAACUUAAAA